UAAAUGGAAGAAGUAAACCAGACUGUGGUGUCUGAAUUUAUUAUUCUUGGACUUUGUAAUUCAUGGGAGCUCCAGGCCUUCCUCCUGCUGAUAUUUUCUUCACUUUACUUGAUCACCAUUUUAGGCAACAUCUUCAUUGCGCUCCUAAUUACUGCUGAUCUUCAUCUUCACUCCCCUAUGUACUUCUUGUUAGCCAAUCUUUCGUUCAUUGACUUCUGUCUUUCCUCAGUAAUCACCCCAAAAAUGAUCACAGACUUUCUCAAAGAAAAUAAGACCAUCUCCUUUGGAGGCUGCAUGUGUCAGAUUUUUUUUGGACAUUUCUUUGGAGGGGGUGAGAUGAUACUGCUUGUGUCAAUGGCCUAUGACCGUUAUGUGGCCAUCUGCAAGCCACUCCAUUACUCCAGCAUCAUGGACAGGCAAAAGUGCACUGGGCUAGUGAUGACAUCAUGGAUCACUGGCUUUGUGCAUUCAAUAAGCCAACUAGCUCUAAUUAUAAAGCUGCCCUUCUGUGGACGCAGGGAACUGGAUAGCUUUUUCUGUGAUAUUCCACUGGUGAUCAGGCUGGCCUGUAUGGAUACUUAUAGUCUAGAAAUGUUGAUAAAUGCUGACAGUGGGGUACUGGCAACCAUCUGCUUCAUUCUGUUGCUACUCUCUUACUUUUAUAUCCUGCUUACUGUCCGCCUUCACUCUAAAGAAGGGGCAUCCAAGGCUCUCUCCACCUGCACUGCCCACAUCACAGUGGUGGUGUUAUUCUUUGGACCCUGCAUCUUCAUCUAUCUGUGGCCACUCCAUAUCACCUGGGUGGACAAGUUUCUUGCUGUAUUUUAUGCAGUCAUCACACCGGUCCUAAAUCCAGCCAUUUACACGUUAAGAAACAAAGAGAUUAAAAACGCCAUCCAGAGACUGCGAUGUUAGCCUAUGGAUUUCUGUUGGUAUUUAAGGACCUUACAUUAUCAGAAU